GUCACUUGUUUUUGAGUGCUGCUUGGAGUUGGUCGCUCGCCCGCUGCGCUCUUAGUGGUUUUGGCUAAGUUCACUUAGUUAGUGCCUCCGUUUAGCGGCGAAAAAGCUGGAAAAAAACGUAUAAAAUAUAUCGCGUUGUCGUCGCCGUCGUCGUCGCCGCUUUUGUAUCUGUGUUUGCGAUCCAGUGUGAAAAGCAGAAAAACAGACGAGCCCACGGAAAUGGAUUACAUUGUGAAGGCCUACAAGGAUUGGAAACUGCAUUCGCAGUUUCAAGAGAUCGUCCCCGACAUGGAUGACUCGGAAUUCAUGUUCAACGAGAAGCAAUCGAUCCGGGACUCCGGGCGCACCCUCAAGCGCUACGGGAGCACCUGCUGCAACAGCCUCCGGAACAAUGAGACCCUCAUCCGGCACAUCGUCGAGAAGACGGACACGCUGCAGGGCAUCGCCCUCAAGUACGGCUGCACGACGGAGCAAAUAAGACGGGCCAACCGCCUCUUCGCCUCGGACAGCCUGUUCCUGCGUCAGUUUCUCCUGGUUCCAGUGGAGAAGAACUCACCGUACUAUCCCCAGGUGCCUGGCGAUUCAAUAGCCGCCUUCGAUGCCGUGCUGGCCACGCCACCGGGCACUCCGGAUGCCAAUGGACAGCGGGAGGCGCACAACAAUGCCAAUAAUCUGAGCCAGAGCAACAAGAGCUUCAUGAAGAGCAACGACAUCAGCAGCAGCAGUAGCAGCAGCAGCAGCAGUGGGAGCAGCAGCAGCUGCAACACAAGUGGCACCGGCCCCAUUUCCGGAGGAUCGCGUUCCGGCGGCAACCAACAGCAGCAGCAACAGCCCCCACAACGUCCCUACUCCAUUGCCGGGGAGCUGCUGGUGGUGCAGGCCGGCGACGAGGAUCCAUCGAUGAUGCACGGCCACGGUGGUUGCAGCGGCAAGCAGAGCAAGAGCCUGGACUCUGUGGCCGCAAUGACGCCCGAGGAGGAGAACAGGAAAUGCAUGAACGACUUCCUCAACAAGAUAGACAACACCAUUUCCGAGUCGCGCAAAUAUGUGGAGCGCUCCAAGGACCUGGUCAGCAGUCAGAGUGAUGCGGACAUCUGCAUCAGUGCCACCGCCGACGUUUUCCCGCAGCGCCGCCAUCCGCUGAACAACUCCUACAAGACCAACAACAACGACCGUCCGUCGCAGUAUCAGCGCCACAGCUCGACGGGCAGCGGGAACUCCUCGGACACGGCGCACCUGCUGAACACGACGCAGACGCGACGAGUCCAGAAUUCGCUGAAGCGGCUGGAGAAGCAGCAGGACGACUUCUUUGAGUUGUAGCGUCCGUCUGCGGGACGCAAUCUAGCCUAAUUACGCAGAGAGUUAAUUUUACAAUUCGUUUUUAAUUGCCGCGCAUUGGGGAGAUGACUUAGGUCAGCAUGUUACAUCACACGGAAAUGCCGCACUCUAAAUGUAAUAUAAAUAAUGAUAUCUAUCGACAAAUAUGUGCGAUACCUUACCUAUACGAUUAAACAUUAAUGUAAUUGAGCUAAAACCUAAACUAAACUAUAUACCUAAACUAAGCGCUGCGCUAUGUAAACCUGUAGUACGAUGACAAGGCAGUUCUGUACCCCCAUUUUGAUCUUGUGUCAGCCCUGUAUAAUUGCCGCCAAUUUGCUUGCAAGACCCGAUCUGACCCGCAUCCGCAAACAGAUCCGGAAGCCUUAUGUCCUCCUGUCCGCCCUCCUGCCCCCCAUUAUGUUUACUUUUUGUAUGACUCUAGCUUUAAUCACACUGUGUAUAAUUUAGUUAUGAGAAUUAUUAAUGUUAAUUGUAUAUAGUCGCCAGAAAACACAACAAUCCAACUGGACUGCUCUGACCGCUAAAACACGAAAUUGGCCAACUGUUGACGUGUAAUUUUAAUUUAUUUUUUAGCUUUCCAAAGUAUUAAACCCCAAACGUUCUAUAUAAAACCGUAACCUCAAUUGUUAAACAAGCAUCCACCACAAAACAAUAAAUACACCAAUAUAUAAAUGUAUAUCCCAAAAACCUCAAUAUCGAACUGCACUCAUAUCGAGCCAAGUCAUGUUGUACGUGAGAAUGUUUUUUAAAAUAAAGUGAGAAUUGUGUUGGAACAAA